AGGAUUUUGCGUAGAGCUGCAACGGUUGCGAACAUUGUGAACGCAGCCUCAUAAAAUGGCGGAUCGCGGUGAAGAUGUAGAUGCAGAAAGUGAAGAUGAAUUGUAUGAGGUGGUUAACAUCACAGAUUAUGCCAGGAGGCAUCAAUGGUGGAGUCGUGUUUUUGGGAGCAGCACAGGACCCAUUGCAGAAAAGUACUCCGUUGCUUCACAGAUCAUGAUGGGUGGAGUGACAGGAUGGUGUGCUGGUUAUCUCUUUCAGAGAGUUGGAAAAAUUGUGGCCACUGCUGUUGGAGGGGGAUUUCUUUUGUUACAAAUUGCCAACCACAGUGGCUAUGUGCAGGUUGACUGGAGGAAAGUGGAGAAGGAUGUCAAUAAAGCUAAAAAGCAUUUGAAGAAAAAGGCAAACAAAGCAGCCCCUGAGCUUAAUUCCUUUAUAGAAGAGUCUACAGAAUUUGUGAAGAGGAAUAUUGUUAUCUCGGGUGGAUUUGUUGGAGGAUUUCUGCUGGGCCUGGCGUCCUAAAUGAAACCUGGAUCUACUGUAUUGCUACUGAUAUAAGUAUUUUGCACAGUAAUAUUCUCCCUUAUUUCAGUAUCACAGCGGUACAAGUAAAACACUGGGACUUGAUGUAUCAAAAAGCAGUUAGUGCAAUGGACAUUUGCUUUACUGUUGUUCUGAAGAUAUUCCUCUAGUCUAAAAUGUUGUUCUUAACUGUACAUAGCCCAAACAACCUGAAGGGGGGAGAGAGGUGUAUCUUGUGCCAAUGACUUAAUAGAAAAUUGGUGGUGUGGUUCUUAUUAUGUUGUUUUUAAUUUUAUUUAGCUUCUUGUUAAUCAGUAAAACAUCAACAUGAAGUCUGUUACAUAUACUACUUACUAAAGUGUUUGUAUUGAGUUGGUUGUACAAUUUCUUUAAUAUCUACAUGUCAAAAAGCAUGCAUUGUUUUUUUCAGAGUUUUACAUUCAUGAUUUAUUUUAUUAAUAUACAUACUAACACACCAAUAUCAUGUUUGCAGAAAUAAUAAAAAUGUAUUUCUGGUUA